UGUGAAUUACUUCCCGUGCAAAUGCCGCUCGGUAGAUUUGUGAUUCGUACUACAUAAGCGCGCACUCGACGCGCACUACGUGCACGUUAACGCUCGUGCCUUCGAUCGGCCGCAUGUCAUUCGUCGUUUGACCGCGUGCGGGAUCUGUUCCGAUCUGCGUAUUUCGUAACUCGUCUCGUCCACACACAGGCUUAAUUCGAGUCGUGCGCGAUAUGUCAACCGUGUUGUCACAGUCUUUCUUCCGCCAAAAUAUAAAAUUUGCCGUUUCGCUCCGUCUCGCCGGCCGAGCAAAAGCAACGGCCGUUGAAGAGUGAUCUUAGGAAGUGCGGAAUGGCGAUGGUUCCUCGAUUCGCUUCAACGACGGUGGUGAUAACGACGACGAUUUCUUCAACAGCGGUGGACCGUGUCCGUCAUGCAGACUGGCGAUUAACCAGGAAACCGGUAGACUCAAAUGUUGCGGGACGGGCGGGAACGAGACGCGACGCUUUCGCGUUAAGCUAAUGCUCCUAAUGAUACCUGCCGUCUUGUUGCCGAUCACCAUAACGUUGAUCGCCCUGUCGCGGCUUCAAGGCACGAGCAAGGUCUCUGAAUCGCUCCGAAUGCACGAUCCCUUCUCAACACAAUGGAUUUCUCAUAAUGGAAUGCACAGGCAUCAGGAGCGGAAGAUGGAGGCUGAUAUUUCCUGGCCCACCGGUCACAACGACGUUCCGCCUGCGGCAGAAGAGGCCGAAAAGCACGAGGGUCGAAUUCCACUUGUCGGUAUGAAAACGAGUUACGAGCCUGUAAACGCGCAUCCGUCGCUCCAACGACGCAAGAGAAACACCGACGGGGUAUUUAAUCUCCGAAAGAGUCGGACAAGGGACGGAUCAGGCAUGUCUCGCGCCUCACAUGGAGAAUUAGACAAUCGAACAAUGUCCUUAUUACGCGCAUAUGGCCAUUUAAAUAACGGCGAAUUGACAGGUUCCGUCUCCUCAAGGGAGGAGGAGGGAUCGGAAGGGAGAAACGAUGAUGGGGCGGCCUCGGAGAGCGUCAAUUACCUCAAUGAGACAAAGUAUACGCAGGUGGAGCAGGAUGGCGACAAGAUCGAGAGCAACGAUACGCAGGAGGAUCUUGAAGAGACGGACAAUUUUUUAGGCGAUUACUAUCCGGAAGUGGAAAUUGACGAUACCUAUUACGAAAGCAGCGGUAGCAAGGAUUAUUAUUCCGAAAAGAGAGGAGGAGAAGGCAUAUUGUCGUUCGACAGUGCGAAUGAGAAAUCGCCGGGGACGAAUCAAGAGGACAAUGGUGCAUUCUCCCUUUCCAUCAACGAAACAACCGAAACAUGGUCAUCGGCGGCCGAUGAACGCGACAAGAUCGACGACCACAAGAGUGAUGACGCUCCCGAUCUUCGUAUCUUCUGGAGAGACGAGGGAAAUGCCAGGAGUAUCAGAGAGUCCCGAGCUCGGAUGAUGUUGAAAUACAUGGAUAAGACUGUGGAUCCGUGUCAGGAUUUCUAUCGAUAUGCUUGCGGUAACUGGGCAAAACGUAAUCCUAUUCCAAAGGACAAAGCCGGUUACGAUACCUUUGAGAUGCUCCGGGAAUCGUUGGAUUCUGUACUGAGAGAAUUGCUAGAGGACCCUAUACCGCACGAUGUCGCUCAAUCGAACGCCGAUGAUGCUACGAUCAAGGCGAAGCAUCUGUUUAAAAGUUGCAUGAAUUACGAGAUCUUGGAACAGCGUAUGGAACAACCGUUAAUUCAGCUUUUGGACCAACUUGGCGGCUGGCCGAUACUGAGGCCAGAUUGGAAUUCAGACAAGUUUGACUGGCUUCUUUUGACCGCGCAACUUCGACUGUACAAUAACGACGUAUUGAUUUCGGAAUGGGUAGGCCCAGACAUUAAAAACAGCGACAAAUACGUGAUACAGUUUGACCAAACAUCGCUCGGCCUUCCGACCAGGGAUUAUUUUCUUCAACGAUCCAACACAGUGUAUUUAGAGGCUUACAAAGAAUAUCUGAUCAAAGUUGCGACUUUACUCGGUGCAUCCUUGGAUAACGUGACUGUACAAGCUGAAGAACUGAUCAAAUUCGAGACACAGCUCGCAACGAUUACGUCGUCACCCGACGAGAGACGAAACUUCUCGGAGCUUUAUCAGCGAAUGAGUAUUGGCGAACUGAGGACGCUCGUGCCGCAAAUUGAUUGGCGUCGUUAUUUGUCGAUCGUUUUGGCCAGAUCGGUUAACUAUUCCGAACCAGUUGUCGUGUUCGCGUUGCAAUAUAUUCAAGAUUUGGUUGUCUUACUUUCAAAGACACGGCCUAGAACAGUGGCGAAUUACAUACUGUGGAGAUUUGUGCGGCACAGAGUGAAUAAUCUGGACGAUCGUUUCCAGGAAGUGAAACAAAAAUUUUACUACAUUCUGUUCGGCAGGGAACAGGCGCCAUCAAGAUGGAAGAACUGUGUUACUCAAGUGAAUUCCAACAUGGGUAUGGCAGUCGGUUCAAUGUUUGUCAAGAAAUAUUUCGAUGAAAACAGCAAAAACGACACAUUAUCGAUGACUCGGGAGAUACAACGAUCGUUCAGGGAAUUACUCGAUAAAACCAAUUGGAUCGACGACGAGACAAAGAGCUUGGCGACUGAAAAAGUAAACGCCAUGUCGUUGAGGAUCGGCUAUCCAGAUUUUAUCUUACAGCCAUAUCUACUCAACGAACGUUACAAAGAUGUUAUUAUUCGCCCGGACAAAUAUUUCGAGAACACUCUGAAUAUCUUGAAACACUUGACCAGACUCGAACAGGAUCGUCUCGGCAAUGUCGUCAAUAAAACUCUGUGGAAUACCGCUCCAGCAGUUGUGAACGCUUACUAUAGUCGCAACAAAAAUCAGAUAAUGUUUCCAGCGGGCAUAUUACAGCCCCCCUUUUAUCACCGAUUUUUUCCACGGAGUUUAAAUUACGGCGGAAUCGGCGUUGUGAUUGGACACGAGAUUACGCACGGAUUUGACGAUAAAGGUAGACUGUUCGAUAAGGACGGCAACCUCCAUAGGUGGUGGAAAGACGAGGCUAUAAAUGGCUUUCAUCGGCGAGCUCAAUGCCUCAUCGAUCAAUACGCCCGUUAUACGGUGGCGGAAGUUGGAAUGCAGAUAGACGGAGUCAACACGCAAGGUGAAAAUAUCGCCGAUAACGGCGGUAUCAAGCAGGCGUUCAGGGCGUACGAGAGGUGGUUACGCCUGAAUCAAGAGGAGGACGAGACGUUGCCUGGAAUGAGCGCGACCGGCAAACAGUUGUUCUUUUUGAAUUUUGCUCAAGUUUGGUGCGGCUCGAUGCGCCCCGAGGCAACUAGAAAUAAACUGAAAACAGCCGUACACUCGCCCGGUAAGUUUCGUGUGAUUGGUACGCUUUCGAAUUCGAAGGACUUUGCUCAAGUGUUCAACUGUCCCCUCGGUUCACCUAUGAAUCCAGUGAGCAAAUGCUCGGUAUGGUAGCUCUACGCCGAUACGAUUUCGAUCGUCAUCGUGUCGUUUUUUCACGUUCGACAGUCAUUCGAAGCGUGGCUUCAGCGGCUUAUGACGCGCGGAACAGUGUAAACGCGUGCGCUUCCUGGCGUAUUUCCUGGCGCAAGACAUAUGCAAUUGCAAUUUAGAAAUAGUCUAUGUGCAAACGCUAUGUACGUACGCAUUUACACCGCGUAUUAUCGCGCCAUCAUUGAGAUACGUACAUACGUUAGCGUCUCUCUCGCGCGCUCGCAAUUUGUCUUAUUUUCAUCGUCAUCAUUCGAUCUUUUUCGCGAUACAAUACCGCUGUAACACAAUAUAACACUCCGUUCUUUCGUUUUUUUGCGAAGCAUGAGCGACAGCACCUCCUCUUUCGAAACAGAUCCUUCAUUCUCACGAUGCUCACAGAGACAUUGAGAAAAUCAAACAUCAUCUUGCUUGUUGCUCGUGUUACACA